AUAUAUAUAUAUAUAUAUACACCACAUCACACACACGGCUGCUCCACCAUGAGCUAUGGCUAUGGCCAUUGAUGAAACCUGUGGGCUCCAAUUUUCCGGCCAUACCACAACUAUUCCCACCAGUUCCACAGAAACCGAUUACGAUAUUCAUCGUAAUUGGAACAACUGGCCGCCGGUCCUCGAUUGGGAGAAUUUAUCGUGUGAUCACCACAAUGAUUUUAACAUGAUCGACCAUGGAGGAUUUAUGAAUCUGGAAAGCCAAGAGACUUGCGACUCUGUGUCCACAGACACGAUGUUUCUCGACGACGAGGAUACGAAGGGGCUGAGGCUGGUCCAUCUGUUGAUGGCAGCGGCGGAGGCGCUGACCGGAGUUAACGAGAGUCAUGAACUCGCUCGUGUGAUAUUGGUUCGGCUCAAGGAGUUGGUUUCCCCAAAUGAUGGAUCCAACAUGGAGAGACUCGCGGCGUAUUUUACCGAUGCCCUGCAAGGUUUGCUAGAAGGCGCCCAUGGUAAGCACUCGAUAUCGAAUGGGACCUACAACAAUCAUCAGACGGACAUGAUCGCGGCGUUUCAGCUCCUGCAAGACAUGUCUCCUUGUAUCAAAUUUGGGCACUUCACUGCAAAUCAGGCGAUCAUGGAAUCUGUGGCCCAAGAUAGACGGGUCCACAUAGUGGACUAUGAUAUCAUGGAGGGGAUCCAAUGGGCCUCGUUCAUGCAAGGCUUUGUGUCCAGGAAAGACGGCCCACCAGGCCCACACCUUAGGAUUACUGCAAUAACAAGAACCGGGAACGGCCGUAGAUCAAUGGGGACUGUCCAAGAAACGGGUCGCCGAUUGAUUUCUUUUGCAGCGUCAAUUGGUCUGUCAUUUUCGUUUCACCAAUGUAGGUUGAACUCCGACGAGACAUUCCUACCGUCUGCUUUGAAAUUAAUUAAAGGAGAAGCUUUGAUAAUCAAUUGCAUGCUUCACCUCCCUCAUUCCAAUUACCAGGUACCCGAUUCGAUUAUUUCAUUUUUAUCCGGAGCAAAGACCCUAAGCCCGAGACUGGUGACCCUAGUUGAAGAGGUUGCGGGGUCGAUCGGUGACGGAGGUUUUUUGGGCCGGUUCAUGGACUCAUUGCAUCACUACUCGGCCUUAUAUGAUUCUCUAGAGGACGGAUUCCCAAUGCAAGCCCGAGCCCGAGCCCUUGUCGAAAAAGUUUUCUUAGGGCCCAGGAUAGCCAGGUCGUUGGCCCGGAUAUACCGGACCCGUGGAGAGGAUGAAGGUUGUUCUUGGUGGGAAAGGUUGGGGAAUGUUGGGUUUAACCCAGUAAACAUAAGCUUUGCAAAUGGUUGUCAAGCGAAGCUUUUGUUGGGCUUAUUCAAUGAUGGAUAUAAGGUGGAGGAAUUGGGCAAUGGUAGGCUCGUUUUGGGGUGGAAAUCCAGGCAGUUGCUCUCAGCUUCAAUAUGGACUUCCCGCUCUGAGCCUAAAUUGUAACAUAGCUUCGGCCCACUGGGCCUCGUUUUGCAGUUGGCCUCUUUGGGAAUCUUAUACCUUCCUUGAUUUCUCAAUCAUCUAGGUAGGUGUGUUAUGUACUUAUGUGAACCAAACAUGUCAGUUCCAAGUUUUGGUAAUUGUUUAUAAGCUUAGUGGGGCUGAUACAUGUUUGAGCUUUCUGUAAUAUGAAGAUUAGCAAAAAAUAGAGGAUGUUUUAACUUUUGAGUUUAACUGAAAAAAUUAUG